UUCUCACACCUUUUUAUACCCUCCAUGUUACACCCUUGGUUUCCAGAUUCAAUGCAUUUAUCCUCAAUACAUCUUCAAUCGAUACGAAAUAAUUAAUCUGAAUUCUUAUUAAUGUCUUUCCUUCGUCUGUACUAACAAUCAAACCUCCACACAAAGGUAGGUGGAGAUAUGAUGGUAAAAGCUGGAUGAUGUGUUGGAAUCUCUCGUUUAAAGAUUAUAUAGAUUAGAAAUAUAUCUCCAUCUAUCUGUUUGGCUGCUUGCCCAAAGGCCUGGGAAGAUUGAAGUCUUAAGGGUUACUUACUGCCUGUGGCUGUUUAGCUGCCUACUAUCCAUGUGUAUACACAGAAAUUGAAGACCGGAUAUUAUCCGCUACCUGUCCGCUCGCCAUCAGUGCAUACACCAGGCAAGCACACCUUGGUUGUACCCCCGUCCUCCCUGCAAGAAGCCUCCAAACCCCGCGGAGCUGCCCUGGAUCUCGCCGACACAUCUCUCGAGCCUUGGCAUAUCAGCAUGGUGCAUCUGAGAUGUCAGAGCCAAAGCAAUACCUCGAGAAGGGGGACUUUGACAAUGGUAAAUUCCCCCUUCCUUCCUCACCUCUCACUCUCAUCUGAACUAGGACACCCGGGGAUUGAAAUCCAGUGAUUCAUGUCCAUAUCUCGGAUAGGACUCCGUGCUCUCGAUGCAGAACUGGCAAAGCAUCAUAUGAUCGUCGCCUUUUCUCCCAUAACCGUGAUCACAGCUGGCGGGUUUGUUGCUGUUACCUACCUUCAGAAUAGAAACGCCACCGGUGACCUCGACUACCUUCUUGCUCCUGAAUGGGCGGCAGAUCCAGAUAUCAAGAAUUCACUGCGCGACGCGAUAAUCAAGGUAUCAAAUGACCUUGGCUUCAAUUACGAAUGGGCAAACGAUGAUAUGGCGAUAUUUGUCACACAUGAAGCACAGAAAUGGCUGUUUGAACAGGCAGAGAAGCAAGACAUUGUCCUUUUCUUGGGGCAGCAUAUUCGUGUCCUGGCCGCACCAAUCGAGUGGGCAGUGGAACGCAAGAUAAGGAGGUUGUUUGAGGGAACCCGUGACCGUAAGGCAGUGUUUGACCUCAGCGAUUGCUUGGCAAUGCUGAAGUGGUUAAGGGACCGAAACGAUGGUCCUCUGGAUCGCGAGCGCAUCCGUGGCUUGGAUGUCAACGGUUUUGGUGUCGGUCCUGAUAAAGCAACUAUGGACACCAUUGCCACCGCCUAUUGCGAGAAGUAUGGGGAGAGGAUAUUCUUCUGA